AUGAGUAGCGGUGGGGGACAAGAUGCGAAGUUCUUCGCUAGAGGCAAGGUCGCCGAGCUUAAGAUCGAGCUCAAUAGCAGCGGCGGCAAGAAGGACAAGAACUUCCUCGGAAAGAAGGUUGCGCUGAAGAAGAUCGUCGCCAACAUGACCAUGAGUAAUAACGAUAUGGUGGCCCUGUUUGCGGAUAUUAUUCAGUGCAUGCACAUUCCGAACCUGGAGAUCAAGAAGAUGUGCUUUCUCUACUUGGUGAACUAUGCCAGGAUGAAGCCGGAAAUUGCGUUGAGCGCAUUGCCUAUCUUGCUACAAGACCUCGAAGAUUCGAACCCCCUCAUGCGAGCAUUGGCAUUACGAACAAUGUCCUACAUCCAUGUGCGCCAAUUCGUUGAAGCCAGCGUCGAGCCUCUGAAGAACCUACUGAGAGAUCCGGACCCUUACGUGCGCAAAACCGCCGCAUUCACCGUGGCCAAGCUCUACGACCACGAUAAACAUUUGGUGGAGAAGAGUGAAUUGAUCGACAGGCUCAACUCAAUGCUGCGAGACGAGAAUCCUACUGUCGUUUCGUCGGCUUUGGCAUCGCUUAUGGACAUCUGGGAACGCAGCGAGAGCAUCAAGCUGACGAUCGAUUAUGCUAACGCCAGUAAAAUUGUUCAGAUCCUGCCGGACUGCUCUGAGUGGGGACAGACUUACAUUCUCGAAGCUCUUACAUCUUACGUUCCUCAAGACACACAAGAAGCAACGUUGCUCGCCGACCGCAUUGCGCCCCGUCUUUCACACACCAACUCAGCGGUCGUGUUGACCUGCAUACGCGUGAUGCUAUACCUCAUGAACUAUAUUGAAUCAGAACGCGCAAUCGCCGCGCUGUGCACGAAGCUCAGCCCACCACUCGUCACGUUGUUGAGCAAAGGACCCGAGAUUCAGUAUUUGGCUCUGAGAAAUGCCCUGUUGAUUCUGCAAAGACGGCCGGAAGUACUUCGAAACGACAUAAGAGUGUUUUUCUGCAAGUACAACGACCCAAUCUACGUCAAAGUCACGAAGCUGGAGCUCAUCUUUAUGCUUGCAAACGAGAGGAACAUCCGCGAAGUCCUCACAGAGCUGCGAGAAUACGCCACGGAGAUUGACGUACACUUUGUUCGAAAGUCGGUCCGCGCCAUUGGCAAGUUGGCCAUCAAGAUCGAACCCGCUGCUAAGCUUUGUAUCUCGACGUUGCUGGAACUGGUGGCUACCAAGGUAUCAUACAUCGUGCAGGAAGCGACGGUUGUGAUCAAGAAUAUCUUCCGCAAAUACCCCAAUCAGUACGAGUCGAUCAUUUCGACACUUUGCGAAAACCUUGACUCGCUGGAUGAGCCUGAGGCGAAGGCUGCCAUGAUAUGGGUGAUUGGCCAAUACGCGGACCGCAUCGACAAUUCGGAGGUUUUGCUGGAAGACUUCCUCGACAGCUGGCAAGACGAGACGCAUGAAGUGCAAUUGGCACUACUUACAGCCACUGUCAAGCUAUUCAUUCAGCGACCAUCAAAGGGCCAGGAUCUGGUUCCGAAAGUCUUGAAAUGGGCGACAGAAGACACAGACAACCCAGACUUGCGAGAUCGAGGCUACAUGUACUGGCGAUUACUGAGCAGCAAUCCGGCAGCGGCGAAAGGCAUUGUGAUGGGUGAGAAGCCAGCAAUUACUGCUGAGAGUGAGAAAUUGGAUCCCGUGACGCUCGAAGAAAUGUGUCUCGUGGUUGGUACAUUAGCAACGGUGUACCUUAAACCAGUGCACACCGUCUUCCGUUCAGCGCGGCCGCGAAGAUUGCAAGACAGCCCGGCUCUUCAACGCGAAAGAUUACCCAGCUGGCAGGCCGCUCAAGCUGCGAAGUUGGUGGCGGCAGAUGCGCAGGCACCGGUUCAAAGACUGAACGGCGGGCAGAGCAAUGGGGACGUUUUGGACGAAGCGGAUGCCUACUUUGCAAGUGUCGGUGCGCAAGGCAUUGGAAACGAUGGGUUUGCGGCGAGUCCAACACAUACGGGGAUGCAGAACGAGCAGAUGUAUAUGGUCAAUCAGGGCCAAGGACUGGGAACGGUGAGGCCGACGAUGCAUGUGCAGAAUGGCGAGGGCGACCUUUUGAGCUUUUAG